AUGCCACCCAAAAAAGUUGAAGAGCCUGAGAAGAAACCACUCAUUGGACGUGUAGGCACAAAUCUGAAGGUUGGAAUCGUUGGUAUACCGAAUGUCGGUAAGUCGACAUUUUUCAAUGUCCUCACCAAGAGUGAAGCUGCAGCUGAAAAUUUUCCAUUUUGUACCAUCGAUCCAAAUGAAAAUAAUCGUGUACCAGUGCCGGAUCAACGAUUUGAUUAUUUAGUUGAAUAUUUCAAACCAACGAGCAAAGUCCCAGCAUUUUUGAACGUUGUAGACAUAGCCGGAUUAGUCAAAGGAGCUGCGGAAGGCCAAGGUCUUGGGAACGCCUUUUUAUCCCACAUAAAAGCGUGCGAUGCUCUGUUCCAUUUGUGCCGUGCAUUUGAAGCGGAGGAUGUAAUUCACAUCGAGGGUGAAGUUAAUCCUAUUAAAGAUAUGGAAGUUAUUAAUGAAGAGUUACGUUUAAAAGACGAGGAAUAUUUUCAUGUCAACUUGGAAAAACUUGAAAAAUUAGCUAUACGCGGUGGAGAUAAAAAACUCAAACCAGAAUAUGACACCUUUCUAAAAAUCAAAACUAUUUUAGUCGAUGAAAAGAAACAUAUAAGGUUUGGUGAUUGGAGCGCUCUUGAUAUAGAAAUUCUCAAUAAACAUAUGUUCAUCACGACAAAGCCAGUCAUUUAUUUGGUAAAUCUAUCGGAAAAAGAUUAUAUUCGAAAAAAGAACAAGUGGUUGAUCAAAAUUAAAGAAUGGGUUGACAAAAAUGAUCCUGGUGCAAUUAUUAUACCGUUUAGUGGAGUUUUUGAAAAUAAAAUUAUUGAAAUGGAAGAACCAGAACGCAAAAAAUACAUGGAAGAAGUUCAGGCUACCAGUGCUUUGGACAAAAUUAUUAUCCAAGGUUACAAAGCAUUGCAAUUACAGUAUUUUUUCACUGCUGGACAUGGCGAAGUCAAAGCUUGGACUAUUCAAAAAGGUUCUAAAGCACCCCAGGCAGCUGGAAGAAUUCAUACAGAUUUUGAGAAAGGAUUCAUUAUGGCUGAAGUAAUGAAAUUUGAAGAUUUCAAAAAUGAAGGAACUGAAGCUGCUUGCAAAGCUGCAGGAAAAUAUAGACAACAAGGCCGAAAUUACGUCGUCGAAGAUGGGGAUAUUAUAUUUUUCAAAUUUAAUGCCGGAGCUGGUUUGAAAGAUCCAAAAAAGAAGUAA